AUGCGUGGUCCACAUCCUCAGGGCAUGAUAGCACCUCCUCUUCCCAGACCUCCACCUCCUCCACCCAUGAUGAUGGCUCCUCCUAUGUCAGGGCCCCCUCAGCCCCCAAUGGCUCCAGUUGGACCACCCAUGGGACCCAUGCCGCCAGUUGGAAGCAUGAACCCUAUGACUUCGGCACCACCGCGGCCCAUGGCUCAAGACCCUCCGAAGAUCAGUCCCAGUGUUAUACAGGCAGCCCCCACUGUUUACACAGCACCUCCUGCGCCUAAGAGAACUGACCUCAAGAGCCAGAAACAAGCACGCAUGGAGGAGUUGUCAGCAUUGGUGGCGGAGCAGCAGGCCACAGUCAUGGCAGCUGGGCUGCUGGACUCAAAGAAGGAGGCGGUCACAGAUGACAGCGUAAUCGGGCCGAGCAAGCCGGAGCCUGAGCCUACACAUGUGGAGCCUGCUGAUACUAGCACAGAAGAUAAGAAGAAAGGGAAACAGGAAAAGGUGAAGAAAUGCAUCCGGGUAGCAGCAGGUGUCUCAUGGGAGGACACCAGCCUAUUAGAGUGGGAAUCAGAUGAUUUCCGGAUAUUUUGUGGCGAUCUGGGGAAUGAGGUGAAUGAUGACAUUCUGGCGAGAGCGUUUAGCCGUUAUCCAUCCUUCCUGAAGGCGAAGGUUGUUCGAGACAAACGCACUGGGAAAACGAAGGGUUACGGCUUCGUGAGCUUUAAAGAUCCCAAUGAUUAUGUGCGCGCCAUGAGAGAAAUGAACGGGAGGUACGUGGGAAGCAGACCCAUCAAACUGAGAAAGAGUUCAUGGAAAGAUCGCAAUCUGGAGGUCGUGCGUAAGAAACAGAAGGAGAAAAAGAAGUUGGGACUGAGAUAA